UCUACAACGCCCACUUCACCACCUCACUGAGCUUAGCUUGACCCUUAUUUGCUAUGUCUUUCGAAGGCGACCCACUAGCCUUCUACGGCAAAAACAUUACUGAAGAUUAUCACGCCUCGCUCACGGCCAAGCUCCCCCAGCUUGAUACCAACAAACCUGGUUUCUUUGACAUCUCUGAUGACAUACUUCGCUUUUUCCCUUACAAAAAGGUCGGAAUCUUGGGCGCCGGUGUCGGUGGUCUUUAUACUGCAUUGAUACUACGCUCUCUGGAUGUCGAGUAUGAGAUCCUAGAGGCUUCGGACUGCGUCGGUGGUCGUAUUUCCACGAAUAAAUUUCCGAGAGGACGGAUGUACGACUACUAUGAUGCUGGAGCUAUGCGCUACCCCCUUCCGAAAAAGGAUGAACAGGGACGGUACAAGAAUGGGAUCAUGAAGCGCCUGGCCGAGUUGAUCAUCUAUCCGCCGCUGAAUGAAGGUUUAGAUCGGCUCAAGGACAGGCUUAUACCCUACUACCACAAGGCUCGCGAAGGUCCCAAGUUGAGGCCGGCCUUCUACUACUUCAAUGGUGUCCGCGAACGGAUUUCUGACAAACCCGGAUCCUUCCGCGCUGAGAAGCUCGGCGUCGCUGCUAGCUAUGUCAAAGCAGGAACGGAUGCCAUCAGUAGUGACGUCGUUAAACCAUUUGCGAGGAUGCUCAUUGAAGAUAUCAAGCAGAGGAAGAAGGAGGGCUGGAAAAUGAUGAUGGCAAACGACUCAUAUUCCGUCCGCGCCUACAUGUCAUUCAAGUACCUUCCCAGUGUUCACCUCCUACUUCCUCCACAACAUCUUCCCAACAAAGUCGUAAACUGGUGCGAACUUAUGGAAAACAGCACCAAGGCGUAUGACCGCGCAUUGACGGAGGAAGUCUUUGAAUCAUUGGCAUUCGCCAGGGUCGAUGAUAGUAACUUUGGUGAUGUCGAUUGGAUGUGCUUUGAGAGGGGAUCAGAGGUUUUGCCAAAGAAGAUGGCAGAAGUUAUCAAUAAAGGGAGGAAACGCAUCCAUACAGGCAAGAGAGUCACUGCUAUACGUCGAAGUGAUUUGAUCAUCGAAAUCCCCAUUGAUUUUCCGAGGAACAAGCUUCCUUCUGGAGUGAACGAAUUAGAGAUGCUCUCUGACUCUGGAGACUUCGUUUCUGAUGGAUCCGAGAUCAUUGAUGACCCUAGGCGCCGGAAAAAAACCAUCAUCCUCCCAGGGGCUGGUGUCGAGAUCUCAGUAAAUGAGGAACCCAGGUCGCACGUCUACUCACAUGUCAUAUCUACCCUCCCUCUUUCCGUGCUUCGUACGAUAGAUAUGAGGGACGCCGGGAUGAACGUCAGGCAGAAGAAUGCUCUGCGUCAGCUCCAGUACGGUCCUUCUGUCAAAAUUGCUGUACAUUUUAAAGAGCCAUGGUGGACCACCAAGCUGGACAUUGUCGGCGGGCAAUCAUUCACGGAUCUCCCCAUUCGCACCAUCGUCUACCCAUCUUACGGUGUUGACUCUGGUGCCCCGUCCACGGUACUCAUUGCGAGCUACUGCUGGACCACUGAUGCGGAGCGCCUCGGCUCUCUUGCCAUGGCAGAGCAGAGCGAAGUGCUGAAGGAGCUCGUACUUCACAGUCUUGCAGAGGCACACGGUCCUCCAAUCACAUACGAAUUCCUGUUUGACCAAUUCCUUGACAUGCAUAUCAAGGACUGGACCUACGAUGCGCAGACAAUGGAUGAGAUUGACCACAGCUCGGUUCGAUGGGUUGUUGGUGCGCUUGACAGCGCCUGGAGAGCUGUUUACGAAUAUCUUAGCGUCACAAGUCAAGGCGAAAAAAUGAAGAGAUUCAAGGAAUUGUGGGGCGAAACUGUGGAGUGGGCGAGUCCGCCGGCACAAUUCCACGAUGACAAGUCCAACUUACUUGACGAACACCUUGGGCUGAUUCAUGAGGCUAUCCUUGCUGGAGAGAUUCAAUACGCCGAUCAGUAACAAUGCAAUGAAGGGGGUUGUUAAGGGACUGUUCUGUUGUAACCAAGCGCUGUAACGCACAUAGGUUUGGUAUCUG